CCGACGUAUUAUCCCGGUAUUGGAGACUUGGAAUUUCACAUUGCCAGUCAUGCCAGUGAGUUCCUUGUCAGCAAUAAUUAUUUGUCCAGCAAGUCCUCAAGACCCGCAGUGGAAUUCCUUAAGUGAUCAUCAUGGCUGAGAACCUGGGCAACGAGUCCGUGAAGUCCCAGAUCCAGAGGGCGCUGCGCACCAGCGCCAGCAGCGGGGAUCUGCAGUCCGUGGCCCGACUGGCCGAUGGCCUGGCCGAUAUUGACGGGAUGGACGACCACGGCUGGACGGCGCUCAUGUUGGCUGCCAGGAACGGACACGAUAAGGUGGUCAAGCUGCUCUUGGAGAAAGGAUGUGACCACACCCUACUGAACAAGGCCGGACAGACGGCUCUUGCUAUCGCAGAGUUUUGGCACCAUCCAGCUGUCGCACAUCUCCUGAGCCAACGCACGCAAGGAGCACACAGCAGCGGCAGUAGCAGCAAUGUUGUCAACUUCUUUGGGCUGAGUCCCUUGGAUCGGUGCAGUCACAAGCGGACAGAUGAGCUCUGGUUGAAGGAGAGACUACGCGACCAAUCAACGACCCUCCUGCUGUUCAGUCAUAGCAGCCCGUAUGUCAGCUGGUCAAAGGAACGCAAGUGCGAAGUGUGCCGAUUUCGUUACAGCCAGGUCGAGUUCCUCUUUGAAAAGCCAGAGUCAGAGCAGCCCAUAACCGUCUUCCUAGGUGUUGAAGAUGUUACAGUCCCCCAAAGCAGGCAGACAUCCAUCACCGGCCCUGCCUCAAGUGGUAACGAUCCCGGACCGGACCACCCCGCUUGGUUCGCAGUGGAUGUGGGUGAUAUCCCCCCAGAGUGGCUCAGAGAGGUGCAGCCAAACGCCGAGCUGCUGUCUGAGAGGAACUACCUGGCCCUGAUGUCGGUGGCAGACAACGAGGCUGGUAUUAUUGGCCAGGCGAGGGCACUGUUGUCGUGGCAUGACAGGUACAAGUUUUGCCCCACCUGUGGAGGCGAGAUGCGCAUCGAGGAAGCUGGCUACAAGCACACGUGCCAAAACAGUGAGUGCCGCAGCUUGAAGGGCAUUCACAACACCAGCUACCCGCGCGUGGACCCAGUUGCUAUCAUGGCUGUCGUCCAUCCUGACGGGAACCAGUUACUGCUCGGAAGGAAGAAGCAGUUCCCGCGCAACAUGUAUUCCUGCCUGGCUGGCUUCAUGGAGCCAGGCGAGUCAGUUGAAGAUGCCUGCCGUCGUGAGGUGUUGGAGGAGAGCGGGAUUCGGGUGGGUCAUGUGACCUACCACUCCUCCCAGCCCUGGCCCAUGCCCUCCCAGCUCAUGAUUGGCUGUUUGGGCUAUGCCGUCUCCACAGCAAUCACCGUGGACACCGAAGAGCUGGAGGACGCGCGCUGGUUUGAGCGCAGGGAUGUGGCGGCUGCCUUACAAGCCGGGCUUGCCACCGGGGGGACUGGUUCCCAGAGCGGCGGUAGGCAGUCACUCCUCCUACCCCCGAGGCAAGCCAUCGCGCAUCAAUUGAUCAAGGCUUGGGUGGGAAUGACAGCCAAUCUCUAAAAAAACAGCUGAGGGGACUCGGGUUGGCAUAGUGGUUCUUCCGUCGCCUUUCACCUCUGAGGGGUUUCAGUCCCUGGCGGAUUCGGUGGUUUUUCCUGGUAUAUUUGUCUGGGGCUUUCCUCUAACCGAGAAACUAAUCCUUUUUUCAUACCGUUUGAGAUUGUCACUUAUAAUUAUCCUGCAGUUGGCGCUUAAUUUGAUGUGUGAUCUGGAUAUUGACAUCCCAGUUUCUAAUUAUUUAUUGUAACUUCCAAUAUGCCGGUAUGAAGUGUAUUUAUUAUUCAUGCUUAGGCUUGGUUUUAUUGAAUUUGUAAUUGUUUUUCUAAUUUGUGAUUUUUAUACGAGUUUUUGUUUCAAAAGUUUUUUAAAUCGAAGAGCUUCCAAUUGUAAUGCAAUAUGGGCUGAAUAUGACAAGAUUUUCACACUACCAAUUUUUUUAACAAAACCCAGUAGGUCUUUGCUUGUGGGUUAAGCUAUACAGUUAGUCAUCAGCUCCUUCGUGACAUUUGGACGUCAUGAUACAUAUAUUCAUCUCCACCGGUCUCCACCAAAAAAAAUCUGGAUAGGUCAUUUGCGUUCAGAGCCGAGUACAAAUCAGUGAAGCUACACACCGGUUCCCAAUCCUUCCACUGGAAUGAGCAGAGGGAAUCAAUCUCAAACUCCCUAAUCACGGAAAAAAAACCUCUUUGAAAAUCUGUUGCUCAAGGAGUGGUAGCACCGAGGGCAGUAACUUCACAUUUAAAGGUCAGUGAUCUCUAUCUCCAGAUAUGUUUACACUGAGACAAGCACACAUUGUCUGAAGUCUGUUUUGCCCUCUGGCUUGGGUCCGAGGAACUAAGAUGAUAAAAAGACUGGAAGACUCGCAGAAGAUGAUCCUGGCUUUUCAAAGAAACAAAAAUUAUCCGCAUACAUCAAUGUCAGAGAAACAAAUUAAAACAAGCAGAUUUGUAAAGACUGAAAACACAUUCCAUCUGAUGCAAGUUACAUAUACAUGUAUAUGUUUGUCAUCAGGCAAACUUGAAUUCUCAAUUCUGAUUGGUCGAUCCAUGGCAACAUAACUGUAUUGCCCGGUUUAUAUCAAAUUCCACGCAAUGUGUUGUUCUAACUCAAUGCAUUGCCCUAUUUUCACGCUAAAAGCCAAAUGCACAAAUGCAAAAUUUACUAUAACUUCAAAGGUGGUGCGUUUGCAAACUUUGUACGCAUAGGCCUCAUAACAUCUUUACUGUGCGUCAAGUUUGCUGGAUGGUAAAUUUGUUAUCACGCCUGCGCUCAUGGAACACAAUAAUGUAUUGCCUCUGUCCUGUACAUUUCAGUCUCGUGGUAUACGGGACACAGAUGCACUGCAAUAUUAUGUGUUCCACUCAUGCUCAUGUGAUAACUAAUAAUAUCACACUGUAACAUACACUUACAUAAUCUCAGUCUAAUAUCAGUUAUAAGAGUAUUAAUGCAGCGAUAAUGUAAUUUGCCCUUAGGAAAAUGCCCUUGACAUUUCUGACGUAAAACCCUAGUGUGCUGUUUGAAAAAUGUGGACCCAAGAAAUAAAUUUUACGAUCAAUGAAAAGACUUCCAUGCACUGCCCUUUCUUUGGAAAAUUUUAGGCUUGUACGCAUUGAUAAUUCAGCUUUUAUGGGUAGGGUUCUGAACCACUAGUUUGCUGCACAUGAAAACUUUUUGCACAUUAAUCUUGUAGUGAGCGUUAGAGUACUUGUGGCCAAAUUUGUUUCAGUUUACAUUAGAAAGAGCAAACUGAGCGUUUUAUUAUGAUGUAUCACUCAGUUUGGCAUCCUUAGGAAGAAGGGCAUUAUGUUGGUAAAAAAUUAUUGAAGAAUCCUAUUGUUUUACGCGGUACAUCGGUCUGCUUAAAUUAUGACUCAAUGACUCAUUUUGAUAGAUUGGGUCGUGUGAAUCUUUUGCUAGCUUUCAUUCAGAAAAAUGUUCAGGGGUCAGUUUUGGCAUAUAAAUGUUCCUCCGAUUAAUUAGGGGUCCCAAUGCAGUGAUGUGAUGGGAUUGCAGGGUUUGUUAGCUUUUGUGGUAGAAUCCUCACUACACUAGUUCACCAACGACAGUCUGUCAUUUUACUGGAUGAAAUUUACUAACGGGUGCUGAAACAAAGAUAUUGUCCCACAAAAACUGAUGUGAAGUUUUUGUAGCAGUUUGUAUUUGAAUCGUUUUUGUCUUUUUUAAUGAAAAUUGAUGUCGUCAAGCAUGGUGUUUCAAUUGUCAGUUUCACGUGAUUACAUUUUCUAUGAAAACAUUUUUAUUGAUUAAAUUUAUGCAAAUUAAUACAUUUGUGCACAACUCAAACAUUACUUCAGUCUUUAUAUUCUGGUUUGUUUAUGGCGUGUCUUAGAAUACUGUUUAAUUGAAAUUACAAUUGCCUCAGUGUAUUCUUGGAAUCAGUCAUUGAUCUUUUGUAUUAUAAAUUAUCAAUCUCCCAAAUGUAUUUUAUAAGUCUGUAGUACGAAAAAAUUAAGUCGGUUGAAUUCGAUUUACUCAUCUAUGGAAUCCUUGUGAAUUCUCCCAGUUGCAAUGUAUGAUUUAUUCCCAUGAAAACUAUUUAACAGAGGUUGAUUUAUGUAUAAUUAAAGCCAAAUAUUUAUUUUUUCAUUUAAUAAGAAAUUGAAGAAAGCUAAAAUAAAGCUGAAAGAAGCAAUUAAAAUUAUUUUUCUAGAAUUCUACUUCAGUUUAUACCUCAAGUUAAUCAUCCGUGGCCUUUAAAAAAUUAUUCAAGUUACCUCUUUCCCAAACAACACUGAAAGUAGAAAUUUCAUCCUUCAAAUUUCAGAGUGGAGUCAUUUCCCAAGAGGUGUUGCCUUCGUAUUGUGGUCCAAUGCAUGAAUUUAAAAUUGAAACCAACGAAAUCAGGUCUUAAAAAAUGACACAAAGAUCUUUUGUACUAAUCUCUCCCAUGAAGAUUAAAGAAUGAGUAAUUCUGGAAGCCUGCGAGUUAGAUCAAGGAGGAAGAACACAGAAGGAGUUUAACCUGCCCGGGCCAUAAAAAUAACAGCUGGCCAAUUACCACUUUAUGGCGUGCCCAGUAUAGGACUGUUAUCCUGGGCUCAGGCUAUCCAACUCAUACAAUAUAAAUAAUCAUAAACAUGACAGGAUUCCCUUGUUGAUUGUAGUUGUAUUCUGUCUCAAUAUGGCAUUAGUGAAUAUGGGUUUCCACAUACAACUGUCCGUUGAUUGUUAGUGGUAGAUAAGCCCUCAUUGACAAGAGAAUGUGCACAUAAAAAGUAGUGAACUACAGUACUGAUUCCCUGGCAGUAACGUAUGAACUUUACUCUUCAGUGAGAUAGGGCCUAGGUACACAACCCCAAGAUGAGCCAAGCAUUAAAUUAAUAUUGGGUCACACAGAUGAGUCUGGUUUUUAGCUCUUUUAACCAAAGAAAUAACUCCCAAAACUAUUUCAUUUUAAGAUUUCAUGAUCACUCGUGAUGAUGAAAUAUAGCGUAUUUUGUUACAAACUUAUCUGUCCUGUGGUAAACAGCAUGCUGUUGGCCAGUCUUAGCCAACUUCGUACAGAGACUUUGAAAACUGAUGCUUUGGAGUGACAAAAUAAAAUUACAAACAUUGCAUGGAUAAUAGAAAAGUGCAUCACAAUCUCAAAAAUAUUCACGACAGCAAAAUAAAUCUAAUGUUAGGUAUUUGUUCUUUCUGUUUCCUGGUCACUGCAAAGAACACCACAAAUAUUGCUAAGAUAUUACUAGUCCCACUCGUCCGGCUAAGCUAGAGGCAGUUGUCAGGCAGUUUGGCAAUGUUUAGUAUUCCUCUGUAUUCGAGUACUUUGAUUUGCCAGAGUUUAACUCUUUCUGUGUCCUACCUCCAGGAUAUUACGCACAAAAACUUACUACAUUAUGAACGUUUUGUAAUUAAACAACCAGUCAGAUUUAACUAAACCUCGAGGUUUAGUUAAAUCUGACUGGUUGUAGUUCCUCGCAAACACUAGCAUGCAAGAGAUUAUUGAGGGCGCAUAAGUAAUUGACCCCAAACCCGUAGCCGACGUAAAAAAUAAAAAUCUGUAAUCAGCUGA